AUGGUGCUUCCUUAUACUCAAAGCAGAUUCAUUCCUAACUACAAUUGUGGUGUCCCCAAAAAUCUGGCUGCAGUCAUUGGGGGACCUGACAUCUCUCUCCACAUGGCAACUAUUCUGUGCCUCUACAAAGUUCCUCAGGUCCAGGCAAAGAACAUCAGUGAAAAAAGGAAGGCAACAGUUUCAGAAUCAAGUGUUGUGGCAGGAUACAGCAAGGCCAAGAAAGAAGGGAAACCGUUUUGCUGCUAUGAUUGUCUUUUGUGUCCAGAGGGGAAAAUAUCAAAGGAGAAAGACAUGGAUGACUGCUCUCUAUGUCCAGAUGAUCAUUAUCCAAACCCUGACAGGAAUAAAUGUAUUCAAAAGCAGAUCACCUUUUUGUCCUAUGAAGAACCCUUGGGGAUUAGCCUCACUGUUCUUUCUCUUUGUUUUUCUUUAAUGACAACUUUGGUGCUCACAAUCUUUAUUAAAAAUGAAGACACUGCCAUUGUCAAAGCCAACAACCAGAAUCUCACCUAUGCUCUCCUUGUUUCCCUCCUCCUCUCUUUCCUUUGUGUGUUUCUAUUUAUUGGGAGACCCAAUAAGAUUGUGUGUCUCCUUCGACAACCAGCUUUUGGUAUCAUUUUCUCUGUGGCAGUUUCUUGUGUUUUGGCAAAAACCUUUGUUGUGGUUUUAGCAUUCAUGGCCACCAAACCUGGUUCCAGAAUGAGGAAAUGGGUGGGGAAAGGAAUGGCCAGUUUGAUUGUUCUUUCCUGCACCUUUGUUCAAUCCAGCUUUUGUGCUGCAUGGCUGAUAACCUCCCCACCAUACCCAGAUUUUGAUGUGCACUCAAUGUCAGAGGAAAAGAUCAAGGAGUGCAGUGAGGAGUCAGUCACUAUGUUCUACUGUGUCUUGGGCUUUAUGGGUUGUUUCCUGGCCGUGGUCAGCUUCUCUGCUGCUUUUCUAGCUAGGAAGUUACCAGACAGUUUCAACGAAGCCAAAUUUAUCACCUUCAGCAUGUUGGUCUUCUGCAGUGUUUGGCUGUGCUUUGUUCCAACCUACCUAAGCACAAGGGGAAAAUAUAUGUUGGCUGUGGAGAUCUUCUCCUUGAUCUCCUCCAGUGCUGGCUUACUGGUGUGUAUCUUUUUCCCCAAGUGUUUUAUCAUUGUGAUAAGACCUGAACUGAACAAUAAGCAUCAGCUAAUGAAAAGAAAGUUUUAA